AUGCCCUCGGACUCGGGCACCAUCGCGGUCGACCCCGAACCCUGCUGCGACAGUCUCGCGGCCAUGCUGCUGUGCGAGGACGGCGCCACAAGCGGAACGGAGUGGGCUGAGGACCUACACGAGAACGACAUGGACUUCGUGGACGCCGAGCCCGAGGCGGCUCCGGCGGACGAGCCUACCGUUCAGGAGCUCGGCCCCAACCAUCGCACGUCCGAGGGCCCGGACUGGGCGCCCAGGAGGCGGUCGAUGGACUUGCGGAAGGCCGUGCUCCUGCGGUGCGCCGCGUCGCGCCUGCAGAUCGACCUGCUGUGCAUCGAGGAGGCGUCGGACUUCAUGGCAGUCAACUUCCCGGACCUCGCGCCCGCGCAGUCCGCGGUGCGCUCGGCGUCCACGCGGAAAUUCCACGCACUCGAGCUGCCAUGCGCGGGCAUGACGCGCGCCACGCUCCAAGGCACUCGGCUCUCCGGCCCCGCGGAGGAGCAGUGCGCCCCCUUCGACCCCAACGUCCUCUAG